AUGCAUUGCAUUUUAUGGGAAAUAGAAGUUGAACCUGUUCGUCAACCCCAACAUCGCUUGAAUCCGGUGGUGUUGGAUGUCGUGAAAGCUAAGGUCUUGAAGCUUCUGGAGAUGAGUGCAAGCGGCGAGCAUAAAAAACUACGAACUCAAGAACUGAAAGAGAUGAGAAACGAGGACGAUGAGAGCGCUAAGAUCUACAAGGAGAAGACGAAGGCUUUUCAUGAUAAGAUGAUUUCGAGAAAGCAGUUCAUAGUUGGGCAAAAAGUUCUCCUGUACCAGUCCCGUCUUUGGUUGUUCCCAAGGAAGCUAGGAACGAGAGGGGAAGGACAUUUUGAAGUCACCAAGGUCUGUACGCAUGGGUCAAUUCAGAUUCGAAGUCCGUCAAGCUCGAAGGCUUCUGUAGUCAAUGAACAUCAACUUAAGCCAUAUCACGAGAAUUUUCAGCUUGAGCAUGAAGAAAGAAUGGGUCCCCAGGACCCCGUUUAUUCUGAAUAA